ACCAUUGCACUCCAGUCUGGGUAACAAGAGUGAAACUCGUCUCAAAAAAAACAAACAAAAAAGAAAUACACAUAAGUCUAUGUAAGCAGGUGAGGAUAUAUGUUGUAAAACAAAAAUUGGGACUUACUGUUUAUAUGCUGUCUUAUAAAUACAUAAUGUAUUAAAUUUGCCUUUCCCCUCUCAAUAAUACAUUUCUGUAUAAAUACAUGCAAAAACAUUUCAUGCAUAAAUUAAGAUUUAGCCUUUUACCUCGUUGCACUUCGGAGAGCAAGAUGGGUCACCAGCAGCUGUACUGGAGCCACCCGCGAAAAUUCGGCCAGGGUUCUCGUUCUUGUCGCGUGUGUUCAAACCGGCACGGUCUGAUCCGGAAAUACGGCCUCAAUAUGUGCCGCCAGUGUUUCCGUCAGUACGCGAAGGAUACCGGUUUCAUUAAGUUGGACUAAAUGAUCUUCCUUCAAAGCAUUAUCCAAGGCCAUCUACUCAGUGAAAAACCAUGAUAGUUCUUUGUACAUAAAAUAAACAUUUGAAAAA